AUGACUUGAUAGUUAGGUCAGGGAUUUCUAAGGGAAUACCCAGAGGUUGCAGCUGCUGCUGCUGAGCUCACAGCUCCAGCAGUACCACAUUGGCCGCCGGCGAGAGAGCAAGCAGCAGGCGAGAGCCAGGGCCACAAGCUGAAGAGCUGUUACUGCAAACUAACGGGAGAGGGGGGAGGCGAGAAAGCCAGAAAAAAAGUGGUAGCGUUCUGUGGUGGGGCGGGUGCCCAGAGAAGCUGUGCCCCUCUGGCACUCGUGGACCCUCUGGCUGGAAGGGACAGAGGAAAACUGACUGCUUUGGAAGACGAAAUAAGAUUGAAAGAAAGAAAAGAAAGAGAAGCUAAGUUAUGCAGAACUGAUCGAUUCUCUGAGACCAGGGGAAGGCAUGAGUCUGUUGGGGCUGCGGGACGUGUGUAGGCAGGAGCCGCAGCCCCCACAGGAGCGGGCCGGCCCGCGGUGAACUGGGCGUCCUGGUGGGAAGGUAGAGAGAGCAGCAGUAAGCCAGCAGCAAUGCAGGGACGCCUGCUCUAGAGAAGCCUCCUGGAGAGGGAGGGUGCAGCCUCGAGAAAAGAGGGGGAGCCCCCCGCCGGGAGGUUGCCUCCCUUUCUGCCCUCCCGCAGCCCCCCUGCCAAGCAGAGUUGUGCACCCCUACUGCGUUCCACUCUGGGAGAGAUGCCCUCAGUCCCUGCGGCCCCCUGGGGACAACGCGAGCAUGGAGAAGUCGAGUAGCGAGGAUUCUUCGAUCCACCGGAGUCCAUCUUUGGACAGCAAGGACUCGGACUUUGCCAAGCCCUCUUCCUCGGGCCGCCCCUUGGGCCGCGGCUUUACCGCAGGCGCCUUCUAUGGUACCACGGGCUCCCGAACCAGGGGCCAGAGCCACGCCGAGGCCGGAGUGAAAACGGACAAGUACAAUGCCCCGAAGGGCAGCAAGUACGUGGUAUUUUACCUGGACCUCUCCUUUGUCUUCCUUCUAGAAUUUAAGAAGUGCAACAUGGCCAGAGGUUGCCUCUGCUGUUUGAAAUACAUGAUGUUCCUGUUCAAUUUGGUAUUUUGGCUGUGUGGCUGCGGACUAUUAGGGGUGGGCAUCUGGCUCUCUGUCUCCCAGGGAAACUUUGCCACCUUUUCUCCCAGUUUCCCCUCACUGUCAGCAGCCAACCUGGUCAUUGCUAUUGGCACUAUUGUCAUGGUGACCGGCUUCCUGGGCUGUCUGGGAGCCAUCAAGGAAAACAAGUGUCUCCUUCUCAGUUUUUUCAUAGUCCUGUUGGUCAUCCUCCUGGCAGAGCUGAUCCUACUCAUCCUGUUUUUUGUCUACAUGGACAAGGUGAAUGAUAAUGCCAAGAAGGACCUGAAAGAAGGGCUGCUCCUGUAUAAUACAGAGAAUAACGUAGGAUUGAAGAAUGCCUGGAACAUCAUUCAAGCUGAGAUGCGAUGCUGUGGUGUCACUGACUUCACAGACUGGUUUCCUGUGCUGGGAGAGAAUACAGUGCCUGACCGCUGUUGCAUGGAGAAUUCCCAGGACUGUGGGCGCAACUCUACUACCCUUGUGUGGAAAACAGGCUGUUACGAGAAAGUAAAGACAUGGUUUGAUGACAACAAACAUGUGUUGGGCACAGUGGGAAUGUGCAUUCUCAUCAUGCAGAUUCUAGGCAUGGCCUUCUCCAUGACACUCUUCCAGCACAUCCAUCGGACUGGUAAAAAAUAUGAUGCCUAAGCCGACUGGCUGGGAGUGCCAUCCAUACUCUCUACACCAGGAAAGAAUUGUGCUUUUGUAGACUCCUGAACGCCAGACUGCCAUCCCUUCCUUUGUAUAAUCCAACCCUAUCCUGUCCAACAGAUCGACGCCCUCACCCUUCU